AUGACGUUGCCUUCUUACUAUGAAGUGCUUGGCGUAGCAGUCACCUGCAGCACUGACGAAUUACGGCACGCAUACCACCAAGUGGCCCGUAAAUACCAUCCAGACAAGCGCCUGAAAGACGUCAGCUCGGAUGCUGAUGACUCAGUAGCUAAGAAUGAACAGCAGUUUCUGAGCGUGCAAGCGGCCUAUGAAACAUUGCGGAACGCAGAGUUAAGACAGCAGUACGACGAUGAACUACAGCAAGAUAAGCUAGUGCGUAAGAGAGAGCAGGAGGUCGUGGUGGUGUCUGAUGAGGUCUCUCUCGCUGACAUGCAGCGGGAGGUUUUGCAGGCCGAGGACGACGAGGUGAUUUACACGCACCAGUGCCGCUGCGGAGACUUGUAUGAAAUUACAGAAGACGAGCUACACGACGGUGUGGACGUGGUGUCGUGCAUAGGCUGCUCGCUUCAUAUUCGAGUGCUGCCGGACACGCGCGCUAACUAG